GUGGGGACGUACAUACACUGCCCAGGUGCAGGAAGAAAGGCGGGCAAGCAAAUCGAAACUGAGUCGGGACAGGUGCACUGGGCUGCAGAGACUAUGUGCAGGCUCCAAGCCAUAUCGCACCCCCGCAGGCCUCGAGUGAUGGCGACCCCAGUUGUGCCAGGUGACCUCUCGGCGGGAGGGAGCUGGGGGGGUCCUGACCCCCGGCCAGAGCCCAAGCAGCUCCCGGAGCUCAUUCGCCUGAAGCGAGACGGAAGCCGCCUGAGUGAGGGGGACAUCCAGGCCUUUGUUCGCGCGGUGGUGGACGGGAGUGCGCAGGGUGCACAAAUUGGGGCCAUGCUCAUGGCCAUCCAACUUCGAGGCAUGGACCUGGAGGAGACUGCUGCGCUGACCCGGGCCCUGGCCCAGUCUGGGCAGCAGCUGGAGUGGCCAGAGGCCUGGCACCAGCAGCUCGUGGACAAACACUCUACAGGGGGAGUGGGUGACAAGGUCAGCCUGGUCCUGGCACCUGCCCUGGCUGCCUGCGGCUGCAAGGUGCCAAUGAUCAGUGGACGUGGUCUGGGACACACAGGGGGUACCUUGGAUAAGCUGGAGUCCAUCCUUGGAUUCACUGUCACCCAGAGUCCAGAGCAGAUGCAAGGGAUACUGGAGCAAGUGGGCUGCUGUAUCGUGGGUCAGAGCCAGAAGCUGGUUCCUGCAGAUGGAAUUCUGUAUGCUGCCAGAGACGUGACAGCCACUGUCGACAGCCUGCCGCUCAUCACAGCCUCCAUCCUCAGCAAGAAGGUGGUGGAGAGACUGUCAGCACUGGUGGUGGAUGUAAAGUUUGGAGAGGCUGCCGUUUUCCCCAGCCGAGCACAAGCCCGAGAGCUAGCGGGUGCGCUGGUUGAUGUGGGGACGGGCCUGGGGCUCCGGGUCGCAGCCGCCCUGACAGCAAUGCACAAACCGCUGGGUCGAAGCGUGGGCCACUCCUUGGAAGUGGAGGAGGCACUGCUCUGCAUGGACGGCGCGGGGCCAUCGGACCUGAGGGACCUGGUCACUAGACUAGGGGGCGCCCUGCUCUGGCUGAGCGAACAGGUGGGGACUCCGGCGGAGGGCGCCGACCGGCUGGCCGCGGCGCUGGAUGACGGCUCGGCCCGAGGCCGCUUCGAGCAGAUGCUCGCGGCGCAGGGCGUGGAGCCGAGCCUGGCCCGAGCCCUGUGCGCCGGGACCCCCGCGCGGCGCCGGCAGCUGCUGCCCCGAGCACAGAAGCAGGAGGAGCUGCUCGUGCCGGCGGACGGCACCGUGGAGCAGGUUCGGGCGCUGCCUCUGGCGCGCGUGCUGCACGAACUCGGGGCUGGGCGCAGCCGCGCCGGGGAACCGAUCCGGCCAGGAGUGGGUGCCGAGCUGCUGGUCGACGUGGGCCAGAGGGUGCGCCAAGGGACGCCCUGGCUCCGCGUGCACCUGGACGCGCCCGCGCUCAGCGCCCCGCAGCGCCGCGCCCUGCAGGGGGCACUCGUGCUCUCGGGCCGCGCGCCCUUCGCCGCCCCCUCGCCCUUCGCGGAGCUCGUCUUGCCGCCGUCCACCAACCCGCAGCAAUAAAGCCCAGGAGUCCGAA